CAGCAAGCACCGCCAUCCCAAACGAAAGGCCACAGAGCGUCGGAUAUUAGUGAGGCUUUGGAAGCCUCUGAUGUUUCAGCAUGGCAUACUAUGGUUGGAAGCUUCGAAACGGCCAAAGACAGUAUCGUCAAUUUCGAAAUCUCCAAGCUCGGAGAGAAAAUUGCUGGUACGAUUGUCCCUCGGUGGGCCAAAGUCAUACCGGGCUAUAUAGCAAAACUACAGAAUGAACUAUCAAUGGCCCCUGGUUCUCUGGCGGAAGAAAUCUGGUACGAAGCAAACGACCCUGAAAUCAACCCUGAGAUCAUAUGGGAUGCUCGGGUCCGAGUAUCAGAUGAGAUCUGUAAAGAAGAGCGUGCUUUCUUGCGCAAUCGGAAAGUGCAUACGACUACCGCUUUAGCCAGAUACCUUGGUGUCCCCGAGGACGAAAUACAUCCAGCUGACGUACCGACUAUCGCCAUGUGUGGAUCUGGCGGCGGACUUCGAGCUCUCGUCGCAGGAACUUCCUCGUAUCUCUCUGCACAAGAGGCAGGACUUUUCGACUGCGUAACAUACACAGCAGGGGUCAGUGGUUCUUGCUGGCUACAGACUCUCUUUUACUCGUCCGUCGGCCAACAAAGUCACGAACGUAUGAUCAACCAUCUCAAAAGCCGUCUCAAUGUCCAUAUUGCAUACCCUCCAGCAGCACUCUCGUUACUGAGUAGCGCACCGACCAGCAAGUACCUCCUCAGCGGAAUAGUGGAAAAGAUGAAGGGCGUGCCGGAUGCUGCGUUUGGUCUCGUGGAUGUAUACGGACUACUUCUAGGUGCUCGUCUGCUGGUUCCUAGAGGCGAGCUAGGCAUUUCAGAUCACGAUUUCAAGAUUUCGAACCAGCGGCAACAUACUGACUCCGGUGCUUAUCCGUUACCUAUCUAUACAGCCGUGCGCCACGAGAUUCCUGACUUGGUUCAGUCGCAUGAUCGUGCCAUGAAUUUACAGGACGAGACCUCUAAAGCGAUCGCCAGAGCAGAGUCAUGGUUUCAAUGGUUCGAGUGGACACCAUACGAGUUCUUUUGUGAGGAGCUUGGGGCUGGCAUUCCAACUUGGGCGAUUGGUCGCAAAUUCGACGGAGGCUACAGCGUUUGGAGAGAAAACGGUCUUGCACUGCCUGAGCUCCGAGUUCCCCUGUUAAUGGGUAUUUGGGGUAGUGCGUUCUGUGCAACGCUGUCUCAUUACUACAAGGAAGUGCGACCCCUGGUCCGCAGUCUAGCCGGUUUCAGCGGCAUCGAUCAACUGAUUGCUGAAAAGGAUGACGACCUUACAAAAGUUCAUCCUUUCGAGCCAGCAUCUAUACCGAACUUUGCUACAAACAUGGCGAGUCUCCUGCCUCAAUCGUGUCCCCAGAGCGUCCACCACGUAACAACGUUGCAACUCAUGGAUGCCGGAAUGAGCAACAACCUCCCGAUCUAUCCGCUCCUACGCCCAGGGAGGGAUAUCGAUGUUCUGAUCGCAUUCGACGCUUCCGCAGAUGUCAGGAAAGACAACUGGAUCAAGGUGACUGACGGUUAUGUCAAGCAACGCGGGAUUAAAGGCUGGCCAGUUGGUGCAGGAUGGCCUAGCGAGGAGAUCAGCGAAGAGCAAACACUGAAGGAACUCGAACAAGCACAGGCUACCACUGAGCAAGAAGCCACUGACAGGAUCGAGCGUGCAAGACAUGCAGAAGCUUCCAGUCCGGUCAUGGCAGGCGAAAAGGUUCCAGCCAAACCCAGUGAGUUAGGGUACUGCACUGUUUGGGUGGGCACAACAGAGGAGCGCGAGAACGACACAGAGCCACCAUUGUCGAAACAAGUCGAAGAGGAUUGGGAGCUCAUGAGGCCGGAUGCUGGUAUUGCCGUCAUCUACUUCCCGUUCCUCAAAAACGACAAGGUUCCAGGGGUCGAUCCCCAGACAUCAGACUUCAUGAGCACGUGGAAUUUCGUCUAUACAACCGAAGAGAUCGACAAAGUUGUGUCACUGGCUCGAGCGAACUUUGAAGAAGGCAAGGAGCAAACGAGACGCACAAUCCGAGCAGUCUGGGAGCGCAAGAGGAAACAUCGCUUAGAGCGCGAGGCGGAAGCACAGGAGUUCCGGAGACAGACGAGGAUGAGAAAGGCCAACAAGACCCGACAGUAUGGUGAUCACGGCGAUCAAUUCAGCUGA